AUGUAUGCCGAGCCGUAUCGGCCGACCACCGUUGACUCCAAUUUGCAUGGUGGCAUCUCGCGCUCCAACAGCGACGCCUCCGAUAGCGUUGGAUCUAUACAAGCAAAUCAGCGCGCGCGGUAUGGUCGGCGCCCGAUUUCGGACAAGGCUCGGUGCAUGGUACACUCGCUUCGAACUACACUGGUGGCCCAGAUGGCCCAAGCAAGAGAUCGAUUGCGUUGGCAACGACUCCAAUCGGAAUCCAGCAGUCGCGGGCUCGGCGACCAUUUUCUGGCAUUGCUGAAGAAUAUCGGCAUCACAUCUUUCUACAAUACCUGCUGCAAGCUGCGCGACAUUGAGGUAACAGAAAAGCCGAAGGUCUUCAUGGACAGGAGUAAGACACUUGCAUCCAUCCGCUGUGUUCUGCAUGUAGUUCCUGUCAGUGCUGCAUUUGCACUCAUCAUGCUUAACUCCACUGGUUACUAUAUCGGGGGCGAAUUAUCUGGUGCUUCUGGACAGGAUGCAGAAAAGCUGGCUGCGCUGACAUUCGCAGCUAAGCUUCAUGAACUUCUCAUGCUAGCUUCGCUUGGCUCCAUACUAAUUACUUACAUCCGCAGAGAACUUGCCUUUGGGGAAGGCCUUCCGUUUGGCGCCAUUUUCACCUCUCUGCAGUUUCAAGACAUCAGUUUCCUCUGGUCUCUCAGCAUGUGGGGCUCAGUCAACCAUGACUGGCAACGAAGAACCACCAAGUGGUUCAUCCUCUGCCUGAUGGUCACAUGCACCCUGCUGGGACUAACAGUUGGACCGUCCACAAGUAAUUUGAUGAAGCCACGUCUGGAUGACUGGCCCGCGGGUGGCACGCCAUUCUGGGUCAACGCCACCGACAGCGUACUCUUUCCUAGUAAAAUGGAGAACUCGUCAGCACUAUCGCACUGUGCUUUUGAUAACAGUGACCUCGCCUGCCCGGCUGGUAAUUGGCAGAUCCUCAACCAAGACUAUUACUCGUUCUUUCCGAAGCUCGUCAACGCGGGCAGUGUCCCCCAAAAUCUUACCAUCUCCGGCCAAGCCUCCAUCCGCAGCUUUGGAAUGAGGUCUCGCAAUCUGUUCGGUACUCAUGAGAUGAUGUGGGGGAAUGCAUACACCAUUGCAACUACCCCACUCUCUGUCGUCGCGGAUAGCGUUGCAGAAUUAGGCAGGCUAUGGUCGUACGCUGCCGCCAACAUCGAUGUCGGACGAUUCAAGUUCAGGAACGAUGCGCUCUUCAUGACCAACGCCUUGCAGCCAAUGGUACUCACAUUUUGUGGUCAAACGUUCUACGACUACUCCGGCAAUAUCACUCUGUCCUUUCCUGCAUUGGGCACUGCGUCUCUCUCCUCAGGCCCGGGCACGGCUGACUUGAGUCAGGCCACGAUCGACUUAUACAGUGGAUUUUCCAACAAGACAAUCGAGGAUAAGGUAGAAUCUUCCCUCCUACAAGGUGCUUCCCCUUCCGUGCUCUGGAUCGACGAUCCUCUUCUGCUGCAACCUAUCGAUGCCACACUUGCUGCUAUACUCAUGCUGCCUACCACAGACAGCACCAACCCACAAUACUUCACUUGCAGCGUCGAUAGCAGGUUCACCAACGUCACUCUAGUGUCCACGCGAAACCACAUCAAGAUUGUCACUGGUCAGCCUGCGGAAAUGGACAAAAAUGGGACAUUUCAUUCUGAUUGGCCACGAGUUGCACUUACCGCGGACUGGGCGAGGUACCUGACGCCAGAAAUUCCCGGUACGAACGAAACGAUUCUAUCGCCUAUCACCUCGAUGGCUGGCAUCUUCAACAGUUCAACUCCGUCACCCUCCUACUACUACGAUAUCAUAGUGGAAAAUAUCCUAGCUACCCUUAUCACCAACGGCAUCGGCCGGUCAGCGUACAACCAUAGUAUUAUCAUGGACUUGAAAGGUGCUAACAAUCCAAAUAAUCUUUGGGAUGGCGGCGACUGGAUCUACGACAUCAUUCCCCAGGGCGGGAACAUGGGCACAGGGCGCAACGCAUUCAACGUGUCUGCCGCCGUGCGCAACCGAUCCACCCAAUUGGUAAUGGAAGCUUAUGUGAACGGCUACGCAUACAGCGCAGACGGGAUCACGUCCAUACUCGAAAUGAUCGUACUCGUCAUCUAUAUCGCCGUGGCCAUUGCCCACGUCUGCUAUUCUAUCUACAGCGGGCUCUCCUCGAGCAGUUGGGGCUCUGCGCCAGAGAUCGCAGCGCUUGCAUGGAACUCUGCUCCAACAGAAAAGAUGGCUCAUACGGGAGCCGGUAUCUCGACGAUUGAUGUGUACAAGCACAAUAUACGAGUGAUGCAACGCGACAAUAAAUUGGAGAUUGUGACUCGGGAUCAUGAUGGGAGCGAGAAGGGAGGGCCGCUAUCUCAGGAAGAAGCAGGUUCAGAGGGUGUGCGUACAAACUUGGAUUUGGAUCAAAGCCAUGGGGAAAUGGGACCUAUAGAAGAGAAUCAUGCGUAUUCUUAG